GUAAUGUGUGAUUUAUUUCAUGGGAGUCUUGAGCGGCCUCGGCACGCCCGGACACGUCAUAACAGAUCCACGGGCGGCUCGCCACUAGCGAGCAGCGUGGCGCGAGCCGCGUAUAUUGCUGCGGGAUUCGCUCCUCCCAUCGUAGUUACGUACCAGACGUAAGAAGUUUCCCGAGGCACUAAUCUCAAAGCAGAGGCGUCCGUAAUGCAAGUGAUUGGUCGCAAUAACACAGGUUCAGGCUGUGCCUGGCUGAGGACGCCUCGUGUCCCUCACCGCCCCAGACACGGCCGCCCCGCCACGCCCCCCGCGAUCUGCACCCACUGUUGCCACGGAGCCACAAUGGGGGGAUGCAUCACCUAAAACUAGCCUGUAAUUUCCUUGUGACGCUCAUUGUUUUCGUGUACGACAAGUUGGGCUGCGUGGCGGCGGCGGUGAGCAGCGCGCGGCGGCGCGGGCAGCAGCAGCCCUCGUCCAGUGACUCACGUGUCGCGCAGCACAUGGGGAGUGGCCGAGUGUCAGCGACCACUGACCUCACACUCGCACGCUCGCAACCAUUGACCUUCCCAAACCGGGCGACGACCAUGGAGAAAAAAGCCUGACACUGCCGCCGCCCUCAAGUGUGGUGCGGGUGUUGCAGCACAGCGGUCAGCAGGAGGCGCGUCCCGCUGCUGACAGUAAUACACUAACUCUGUGUUGCGAAGGAAAGGAAUCACGCAUGAAACCCUUGUUGGCUCAUGACCCUGCCAGGACUAAGUUUUCUAAAUUGGAUGGGUCGGCGUGCCGAGCGUUGCAGCAGCUGAGAGGGGCAGUGGAGAAAGAGUCAAUGGCGCCCUCGCUGGGGUGCGGCGCGGCGCGGGCUGGCGGAGGCGGGGGCGGCGGCGGGCGUCCUCUGGUGGCCCGCCUGCCCCUCACCCACCACGCCCAGCUGCACACUCUGGCAGACCUGCUUGACGGCUGCCCAAAGGCGGACCCCUUCGCCCACCAAGAUACCAAAAUGAAGGCGGUGUCCAAGUGCCGAGGGUGCGACAGCUUCACGCUCUGCAGUCUGCUCUUUGGCUACGAGGAGCAAGAGAACACCCUGGACAUCGAGAAGUUGACGCCGACAGCACUGCAUGUGGCCUGCCUGCUGCCCCAGCCCGGCCCACUCGUCACCAAAAUGGUGGGCGUCGGCGUGGCCGUCAACGAGCCCAACGUGCUGGGCCAGACUCCACUCCACGCUCUCCUGCUGGGGGACGUGAGAAGCACCUCGCUGGUGGACGCGCUGUGCAAGUUGCUGGCUCACGGUGCUGACGUCAGCGUGAAGGACAACGCUGGAGAGACGCCGCUCCACCUCGUCCGGAACCUCCUGCGGCAGGGACUGUACCAGAGGGCAGCGCAGGUGGCCAAAAUUCUCCUGCAGGCUGGCGCUCACGUGGACGCCGCUAAUAAUGAGGGGCGCACGUUGCUGACAUACAGCGUGGAGCACCUGGACGACUCGUUGCCAUUGACCCGCACACUGUUCAACCACGGCUCGUCCGCGUGGGGCGCCGCCGACGGGACCGACAAGGACCAGAGCGUGUUCACCUGGUUCCUCAAAGCUGUGAUCACCCACCGCCGCGUGGAAAACUGCGCCUAUACGGUGGCCAUCCUCUCUCAUAUGAUGGCAGACAACCCCCGCAGGAUGCACCAGCAUGUACUACGGACCAUGUUCAGGCAGUCCCGCUGUUAUAAGGUGCUGGGCCCGGUGUUCCUGGAGCUGAAGACACUCAUGAUGCCACACUGGACGCAGCCGCCGACCCUCACCUUCCUUUGCUGGCGAACAGUGCGCCGCUCUCUCACACCAAAGAGAAUACAGUCCGGGGCGCCCCAGCUCGGCCUACCCCCGCCCCUCGAGUCCUACAUCCUGCUGGGGGAGCCUGGCAACACCUACACCUCCAGCGGCAACGUCCACUCCUAGCCCCAGGGCGGCGGCGCCUUACGGAACAAAGACUUCGCACAACGUUCGCCGGUGUUGAUCUGGCUGUGGUAGAGCAGGUGGCCGGCGGUAGUGGUGGUGGUGGUGGUGGUGCGUGACUGUCGGUGGAGUGACUGCGGCGCCGCGACAAGCAGUGUAGUGCAGGCGUGCUGGACAGCUGAUAGCGGGCACUGUAUACACUGUCCAUGUUCUUCCUUCCAUCGGUGUGGUGUGUGCGGUGCGGGAGGGAAUGUUUUGUAGCCACGGUGCGAUGGAAGACCACACGAGCCAAUGACAAUGCCGCAGAGCUUCUUCGUGUUCCACAUCUUUCAUCCAUUCUUCCGAAAUGCAUCGCCCAGUGUCGACAUGUCCUCCCGCAGCGGUACACGACUAAGGAUAUCUUUUUAUUUCCUCGGUGAGUGUUGUGUCAGUGAGUGUGCGUCUGGGCGUGGUGUGGGCGUGCACCGCGGCGUGUGUCUUGGCGUAGCGUACACCAAAGUGUUCCCGUGUGCGUGGUGUGGCCCGUGGUGUGCGUCACGGGCGUGGUGGCGGGCAGCAGAAGUCCCCAUCACGGCCAGCACAGGGUUCCAAUCGCCACGGUUCACUGUGCCUUCCUUCACAGCAACGCUCAGCAACGCGUCUUCGUACUCAAUGUAUACAAGCUGAGCUCACCGCGAGGCAUCCUAACAUUUAGGCGUGCCACUCUGAUCUUCCGCGGCACACUGCCAUGCAUACUGCCAAGCAUACUUCUCUUCAGGACGCAACGCGGGACUCUCGCCGACACGCCCACGCAGAACUGUCGCAGGUGUUUGAAGCGCGCUGAUCUCCGCCGCACCGUGACAGCCCUGCAGGACCAUCACUGCUUGCUGGGCGCCAAGCAACAUACAUAAUCCCCUUUGCUCUACUAGUGAAACCCAGUAAACACUGUACACGUCUCUUAGUUCCAUAGAGUCACGUGUCCCUGAUCCUCGUCACUAUCAAGGAGUGACACCGCGGCGGCCCUUCAGGGACACACACACACACACACACACACACACACA